GCAGUGCUGAUAGGAGUCAGACAGUGGCUGCAGCUGUGCAUUGUUUCUUGGGGCCUUUGAAGGAGUCCCCUUUCUCACGGUUUGUUGCCGUAAAACAGUCAUCAUGGAGGUGGAUAUAACCAAAUUUACCAUCGAUGCCCCUCGAUGGGACCAAAGUACGUUUGUUGGAAGGUUGAAACACUUCUUCAAUAUCACAGACCCCAGGACGGCCAUUGUGUCGGAAAAGGAGCUAGACAGAGCAAAAAUACUUGUGGAGGCAUGCAGAGCAGGCUCUGCACCACCAGGAACUAGCAUAGAACAGCUACAUUAUGCUAAAAAGCUGUACGACUCUGCCUUCCACCCCGAUACUGGAGACAAAAUGAACCUGAUUGGUAGGAUGUCGUUCCAGGUCCCUGGAGGAAUGGCUAUCAUAGGCUGCAUGUUACAGUUUUACAGAACCGUUCCAGCUGUGGUAUUUUGGCAAUGGGUUAACCAGUCGUUUAAUGCGUUGGUAAACUAUACCAAUCGGAAUGCAGCGUCGCCCAUUACACCAAGCCAGAUUGGGGUGGCCUAUGUGACCGCCACAAGUACAGCAUUGGCCACAGCCGUAGGAUUGAAUCUUUAUACCAAGAAAGCACCGCCUUUGAUUGCUCGCUGGGUCCCCUUUGUUGCUGUGGCUGCUGCCAACUGUGUCAACAUCCCCAUGAUGAGGCAACAGGAAAUACUUAACGGGAUUGCUGUUACUGAUGAAAAUGAAAAUAAGCUUGGAUACUCAAAGAAAGCUGCUGCUAAAGGGAUUAGCCAGGUUGUAAUAUCCAGAAUCGCUAUGGCUGCACCUAGCAUGAUUCUGCUACCAAUCUUGAUGGAAAGACUGGAAUCAUAUCCCUUUAUGAAGAAAAUACGUUUUUUUCACGCUCCUCUACAAGUGAUUCUGGCAGGUGGAUUCUUACUAUUCAUGGUUCCUGUUGCCUGCUCAUUAUUCCCACAAAGAUGUUCGAUGGCAGUGAAUUCCCUAGAGCCAGAACUUCGUGAUUCUAUCGUGAACAAGUAUGGAGACAAAGUUCGCUACGUUUAUUUUAAUAAAGGACUAUAGAAACAUUAAAACAUAUUGUUACUGACGGACAGUGUUUCAAUAAUAAGA